AUGUACCUGGAGGAUGAGUACUGGGGAGUGGGAAAGACAGGAAAGAGGAAGGAGAAGAGAGGUCUAAGGACCCAGGAGUCCGUGGACCAGGGCACCUGUGUGGCAGUGGGAAGCUGUCAUGCCUGCCUCUGCCCUCUUGAUACCUGGAAAUCUGAGAAGGAGGCUGGAUUAUGGAGUGACACGCUGCAGAUCUGCAAGGACUAUGUGCCCGGUCAGCUGGAGGCUCUGCAGGAGGAGUAUGAGCGGGAAGCUACUAAGAAGGGGGCCAGGGGUGUGGAGGGACUUGUGGAACAAGCGCGAAACUGGGAGCAGGCUGGAGAGUACAGCCGUGCCGUGGACUGCUACCUCAGAGUGCAAGACUCUGGAAACAGCGGCCUGAUGGAGAAGGGCUGGAUGAAGAGCUGGAAGCAGGUGCCAGCCAAGAUAAACUCAGAGACUUCAAAGCACCAUAGAUGGAAAAAGAUCCAGAAAUUAACAGAUCCACAGAGGAAAGAAACCCUUGGGAUGGCUUGCAGUGAAGCUAACAUGACGUGUGUUUCAGAACUCCCUGGCGACUGGACCCAAAAAAAUACACUCCGGUCAAUAGAGCAGAGACUUCAAAAGAUCUUCCAAAACCUGGAAAGCGCAAGAUUAAAGCUUACGGAACAGGAUUUGCCAGAACCGCAGGAUACAAUUUCUACCUGUACCUCCUCUGUUCUUGUGGCUCAGAAGACUGUUUUACGCUGUUGUGACUAUAAGAAAGAAGAACAUUCUACUGACCACAGCAUCUCCUAUAGAUCAUGCAGUAACUCUUCUGAAAGAACAACUUGGGAAUGCCAGAAGCAUAGUUUAUCUGUUUUCCAGUCAUCUGUGUUAAAACACCAAUCUGAGUUGCUGACCUCACAGUCACAGUUAGAAGAUAAGAAAUCUGUGACCUUAACUCCAGGACCAUGCCUGAAAGGAAUGAAAUUUAUGGAAAUAACUCCAAGUCCACAGCGGGAAGGUGGGAAAUCUGUGGCGAUAACCUUACAGUCACAGAGAGAACAUGUCAGAGCUGUGGAAUUCAUCCCUGAUUCGGAGCUUCAAGAUGUAAAAUCUCUGGAGUUGACUCCAGGUUCAAGAAUUCAAGAUUUUAAAACUGAGGAGUUGGUCCCAGAUACACAGCUGCACGAUAUGAAAGCUGUGAAAUUAAAAUUUGGGCUAAAGAUGCAAGGUGAGAGGCCUAUGGCUUUUGCACCAGAGCCAUUGAUUCAAGGGGUUAAAUCUAUGGAGAUGCUUCAAAGGCCACAGCUACAAAGCAUGAAACCUGAGGAACUGACUUCAGUCCCACAAAUGCAAGAUACGAAAUUUGUGGAAAUUACUCCAUGUUUAAAGCUUCAAAGUUUAAAAUCUAUAAAGGAGACUAAAGAUCCACAUCUGCAAUGUGUAAAAUCUGUAAAGCUUGCACCAAGGCAGAAAAGACUGGUAGUAAAACCUGUGAAUGUAACCAGAGGACAAGAGUUUGAAGAAGUAAAACCUGUGGAUUUAACCCUUGAGCCAGAACAGGAUGGUCAGAAAUCUGUAAACUCACUAGAGCAGCAAUGUGUGAAUUUUGAGCAAGUAAAGAGAGGGUCUGAGUCAGAAGGAAUAAUGUGUUUGGAGUUAAUUCCAGAGUCAAAAUCUAAAGGUAUAAAAUCUGUAGACCUCAAGUCUGACCUACAGUCGAAAGGUAUAAAAUCAUCUGAAUUGGCUCCAGAACCAAAUAUGCAAGAUGUAAAAGCUGAAGAGUUCAAACAUGAACCACAGUUGCAAAGUCUGAAAUGUCCCAAGUUGACUCCAGGACCACAGUUGCACCAAGCAAAACCUUUGGGCUCAACUGCAAAGCCACAGCUUCAAAGUGUGAAAAUCAUGGAGUUAAACAAAGAGCCAGAGCUUGGAAGAAGAAAAUCUAUUCAGUGGAUAACAAGACCUGAGUUCCAAGGUGUAAAAUCUGUAGGAUUAAAUCCUGGGCCACAAUCUCGAAGUGUCAAAUCUGCAAAGUUGAAACUUUCCUUACAGUUGGGAGAUAUGAUAGCAUCUAAAUUGGUUCUAGCACCAAAACUUCAAGGUGCAAAACCUAUGGAGUUUAACCUUGGGGCACAGUUGCAGUGUGUAAAAGCCCCUGAGUUGUCUGCUGGACCACAAUUACAAAAAGGGAAAAUUUUGGCUUCAGGCUCAGAGCCACAAGUUCAAGGUGUGAAAACUGUGGAGUUAAACCAAGACUCACAGCUUGGAAGUGUGAAAUCAGUGCAGUGGAUACCAGGACCUGAGUUCCAAGGUGUGAAACCUACAGGGUUAAAUCUUGGUUCACAAUCUCAAGUUGUCAAACCUGCGGAGUUGAAAUCUUCCAUAGAGUCAGGAGGUGUAAAGUCAUCUCAACUGCCUCUAGGGCCAAAACUUCAAAGUGCAACAUCUAUGGAGUUUAACCUAGGGUCACAGGUGCACUGUGUGAAAGCUGCUGAGUUGUCUCAAGGACCACAGCUGCAAAAAAGGAAAAGUCCAGCAUCAAGCUCAGAGCCACAACUUCAAGGUGUGAAAACUGUGGAGUUAAACCAAGACUCACGGCUUGGAAGUGCAAAAUCUGUGCAGUGCAUACCAGGUCCUGAGUUCCAAGAUGGAAAAACUGGAGGGCUAAAUCUUGGUUCACAAUCUCGAGGUGUCAAACCUGCAGAGUUGAAAUGCUUUGUAGAGUCAGGAGGUGUAAAAUCAUCUGAAUUGAUUCUAGGGCCAAAAAUUCAAGGUGCAAAACCUGUGGAGUUUAACUAUGGGCCACGGUUGCAAUUUGUGAAAACUCCUAAGUUGUCCCAAGGACCACAGUUGCCGAAAGGGAAAAUUCUGGCAUCAACCUCAGAGCCACAGCUUCAGGGGGUAAAAACUGUGGAGUUAAACCAAGACUCACAGCUUGGAAGUGUGAAAUCUGUGCAGUGGAUACCAGUACCUAAGUUCCAAGGUAUGAAAUCUAUGCUAAAAUGUGGUUCACAAUCUCAAGCUGUCACACCUGUAGAACUGAAAACUUCAAUACAACUAAGAGAUGUGAAGUCAUCUGAGUUGACUCCAAGGCCAAAGCUCCACAGUGUACCACCUUUGACAUCACUCCAGAAACAUCAGGUGCCAGUGUUCAAAACUAUUGAUUUGAAAUCUGGGUUACAGUUGAGAAGUGUGAAGUCAUGUGGCCCAAUUUCAACAUCAAAGCUCUGUGAUAUAAAAUCUAUGGCAUUCAAACCUGGGCUUCAUUUGCAAGAUGUGAAAUCUUCUGAGUUGACCCCAAGACCACAGCAGCACAAAGUGAAACCCUUGCAGGCAUAUCCAAGAACACAGCAGCAAGAUGUGAAGUCCCUAGUGUUUACACAAGAGUCACAGUUUUCAGGGGUGAAAUCUGGAGUAUUAAGCCAAGAGCUACAAUUACAAAGUGAUAAAACCGUAGCGCUCAACUUCUUACUACACUUGAAAAGCACGAAAUCAUCCGAGUUGGCUCAGACAAAGCUUCCAGGUACGAAAUCUGAGGAGUUUAGCUCUGGGCCACAAUGGCAAUGUGUCAAAUCUUUUAAGUUGAACCCUAAGACAAAGUCCCAAGACAUGAAAUUUAUAGAGUUAAACCCCAGCUCACAGUUGAAAAAUAUCCCACAUUCUGAUUUGACCAUGAAGACCAAGAUUCAAGGUGUCAAAUCUACAGACUUCAAACCUGGGCCACAGUUGCAAAGAGUGAAAUCUUCUGAGUCGAUAUCAAAGACAAAGCUUCAAGAAGUGAAGUUAGUGGAAUCCAACUCAGGUCCACAGUUGCAAGAUUUGAAAUCUUCUAGGUUGAUCAUAGGUAUACAGCUUCAAGACAUUAAGUCUAUGGAUUUCAGUUCUGGACCACAUUUACAGAGUGUGAAAUCAUCUGAAAUGAUUCCAGGGGUGAAGCUUCAGGGUGUGAAACCUGUAGACUUCAAACCUAGUCCAAAGUUACAAAGUGAGAAAUCUGAUUUGACCCUGGGGAGAAAGUCUCCAGGUGUGAAAUCUGUAGAGCUGGAAUCAGGCCCACAGUUACUAGAUAUAAAAUCUUCCAAUCUGAUCACAGGUAUAAAGUUCAGUUCUGGACAACACUUUCAAGAUAUAAAAUCUUCUGAGGUAACCUCAGGGACAAGGCUUCAAAGUAUGAAAGCAAUGUAUUUCAAUUCUGGACAACAGAUACAAGGUGAAAAAUCUUCUGAGUUGAUUCAAGGAACAAACUAUCAAGAUGUAAAAUCUGUAGAAUACAACCAUGGUCCAAAGUUACAAGGUGUGGCAUCUUCUCAGUUAACCCCAGAGACAAAGCUUCACGGUGGGGAAUCUGUGGAGUUCAACUCAGGCCCACAGUGGCAAGAUGUGAAAUAUUGUAAUUCAAUCAAGGGGACAGAACUUCAAGACGUAAAAUCUAAGCAGUUCAGUUCUGAAUCACAAUUACAAGGUACGAAAUCUUCUGAAGAGAUCCCAGUGACAAAGCUUCAAACAGCGAAAUCUGUGGGGCUCAUGCCUAGGCCAGUGCAGCAAGAUGUAAAAUCUUUUGAAUUGUCUCUAGGUACAAAGGUACAGGAUAGGACUUCGUUGGGGUUAAACUCAACCUCACAGUUACAAGAUAGAAAAUUAUUUAUGUCGACACCAGGGAUACAACAUCAAGGUGUGAAAUCUGUAGAAUUGAAUCCUGGGGAAAAGUUGCAAGAUAUAAAUUCUGGGUUGAUAAAGCUUCAGACAGUGAACUCUACAGAAGGCAACCAUGACCCAGAAUUGCAAGUUGCACAACUCUCUGAGUUGGCCUUGGGAUCAAAGAUUCACAGUGUGGCACCUUCUGAGUUCAAUACUGAAAAGCAGCAGCAAGAUGAGAAAUCUCAUAAAUUGAAUCUGUGGCCAGACCUUCAAAGUGUUAAAUCUACGGGGUUCGAUCCUGGACCACAUUUGCAAUAUAGGAAACCUUCAGAAUUAUGUACAGGGACAAAGCUUCAAGAUGUAAAAUCUAUGAAAUUCAAUCUUCAGGAACAGUUGCAAGGUGUGAAAUCUGAGUGGCACUUUGGAACAAGGCUUCAAGGUAACCAAUCUUUAGAUUUCAACCCUGGGCCACAGUUGCAAGGAAUAAAAUCUGCCAAGUUUAAUCCUGGGCCUGAGCUUCAAGGUAUGAAAUCUAAGGUGUUCUGCCUUGGACCACAUUUGCAAGAUGUGAAUUCUUCUGCAUCCAUUCCAGAGCCACCACCUCAGUGUGCAAAUUCUAUUGGGUGCAACCGUGGGCCAUGUUUGCAAGGUGUAAAUUCUUCUGCAUCUAUUCCAGGCCCUAAACUUCAGUGUGUAAGUUCUAAUGGGUUCAACUCUAGGUCAAACUUGCAAGGUAUUAAUUAUUCUGCAUCCAUUCCAGAGACACCAUUUCAGGGUAUAAAUUCUAUUGAGUAUAAUUCUAGGCCAGAUCCACAAAGUGAGAAUUCUUCCACAUCCAUUCUAGGGCCCAAACUUCAGUGUGUUAAUCCUAAUGGGUGCAACCCUGGGUCAUAUUUGCAAGGUGUGAAUUCUUCUGCAUUCACUCCAAAGCCACCACUUCCGUGUGUAAAUUUUAAUGGGUGCAAUCCUGGGCUGCACUUGCAAGGUGUAAAUUCCUCUGCACCUAUUCCAGGGCCAAAACUUCAGUGUGCAAAUUCUAUUGGGUGCAGCCCAGGGCCACAUUUGCAAGGUGUGAAUUCUGCAUUAAUGCCACAGCCACAAGCUCUGUGUGUAAAUUCUAUUGGGUGCAACACAGAGCCAUAUUUGCAAGGUAUGAAAUCUCCCGAAUUAACUUCAGUUUCAAAACUUCAAGGUAUGAAGUGUUCUGAAUCGAACCCAGGAACAGAAAUUCAAAGCAAGACAUCUUUGAUGUUCAACCUUAGACCACAUUUGCAAGAUUUAAAAUCUGAUUUGACACCAGGGUCAAAGUUUCUACGUGUAGCACCUUUGGAAUGCAACCCUGGGCCACAGGUGCAGUGUGCAAGUUCUUCUCAGUUGAAUCCAGGGCUAAAGUUACGACGUGUAAAUUCUAUGGAGUGCAAACUUGAGCCACAUUUGCAAGGUGUAAAAUCAGGGUCAAAAUUUCAAGUUAUGAAAUCUGAGUUGCAUCCAGGGCCAGAGCUUCAAAGUAUAAAAUCUGUUAUGUUCAGCUCUGUGCAACAUUUACAAGAUGUAAAAUGUGAACUGACUUCAGGGGCAAAAUUUCAAGAUGUAACACCAAAGGAGUUCAACGCUGGCCCAAAGCUGCAAGGUAUGAAUUCUUCUGAGUUGAAUUCAGAGUCAGAAUUUCAAAGCAUAAAUUCUAUCAACUUCAAUCCAGGGCCACAGAUACGAGACAUGAAGACCUCUGAACUGAACCCUGGGUCAGAAUCUCAAGGUACAAAAUCUAUUCUGUUCCAUCCCAGACCACACUUGCAUGGUGUGAAAUCUUCUGAGUUAACUCCAGGGACUAAGUUUAAAGGAGUCCAAUUUUGGGGGAAGCACCUUGGCUCACAGCAAGCUGUGCAACCUGCAUUCACUUUGGGUCCUCAGAUAAAUGGUACAAAAUCUGAGGUAUUCUUACCAGAGCCACUGCUUAAAGAUGUCAAGUCUGUGGACACAAAUAAGCAGCCAUUGCUUUAUGAUGCAAAUACUGCAAAAAUGAUUUCAGCCUCUGAGCUGCCAGAUUUAAAAUAUGAGGUAUUUACACUAGAGCCAUGUUUUCAAAAAGCAAAAUCUGUGGAGUUAAAACCAGAACCAUAUCCUCAAGGUAUGAAAUCCGUGGAGUUAAAACCAGAACCAUAUCCUCAAGGUGUGAAAUCUGUGGAGUUAAAAUCAGAACCAUAUCCUCAAGGUGUGAAAUCCGUGGAGUUAAAACCAGAACCAUAUCCUCAAGGUGUGAAAUCCGUGGAGUUAAAACCAGAACCAUAUCCUCAAGGUAUGAAUUCUGAGGAGUUAAAACCAGAACCAUAUCCUCAAGGUAUGAAAUCCGUGGAGUUAAAACCAGAACCAUAUCCUCAAGGUAUGAAAUCCGUGGAGUUAAAACCAGAACCAUAUCCUCAAGGUGUGAAAUCCGUGGAGUUAAAACCAGAACCAUAUCCUCAAGGUAUGAAUUCUGAGGAGUUGCAUUCACACGUCAGGCAGCAUAAUGUAAGAUCUAUGCUAUUUGUAUCAGAGCCACUUUCUCGAGAUGUGAAAUCUGUGAAGCCAACUCUAUGGCCACAACCUCGAAGUGUAAGUUCUUUGACAUCAAGCUUUAGGUCACAAUGCAUUAAAUCUGUGGCCUUUGCACUGAAGCCAUGUUUUCAAUAUAUAAAACCUAUGGAGCUGACACCAGGGGACAAACAGCAAGGUAUAUAUUAUCAGGAGUUGACUUCAGGAUGGCAAGAUGUGAAAUCAAUGGUACCCGAGCCAACUAGGAAGUUCUCAUCAGGACCAAUGUUGACUACUGUCAGAUUUUCAACUUUGUCUCCAGAAUCACAGCAUCAAGGCAUGAAAUCUUCAGAGUUUACUAUAGAGCCAAAGUUGCAAAGUGUAAAACAUGUGAAAUUGUCUUCAGUCUUUUCUAAGACCCGAGAAACAAGUACAUAAUAAAAAAUUGUUUUAAGUUCUUAUAAUUCUAUAU